CUUUUUGUCACUCAAACGUGGGGGACUAGAAUUAAAGUUCCGGAACUCAGUAACUACAGUAUGUGUUUCUACCCGACUCGAAUUUGCGAUGCACCGUAGAUUCCUGCCAGUUUCGUUUUCAUCAUCUAAUCUUGUUUGGAGCUCUGCAUUUCGGUGUUCGCCACUAUCCACUCCAGUAAACCAAUGGACUGAUAAUAGCCAGCCGAGAUGUUGAAUGAUCUUCCCCGAGAGGCCCUGCUGCGGCCAUUGACCAGGACUGAGGUGGUGGGCAUGCUUUUGAGGCUGACUAUCUUUGGAGCAGCCACCUACUACAGCAUUAAAUGGGUUGUGGAAGCAAUGGACCCUACUGCUAAACAAAAGAGUCAAGCCAAGAAAAGGGCGGAACAGCUGAUGAAGAGGAUUGGUGUUGAGGGUGUCAAACUUACUGAAUAUGAGAUGAACAUUGCAUCACAACUAGUAGAUCCACAAACAAUGAAGGUGUCCUGGAGAGAUAUAGCGGGUCUAGAUGAAAUCAUCAACGAGCUACAAGACACAGUCAUUCUGCCCUUUCAAAAAAGGCACCUUUUGGCUGGAUCCAAACUGUUUCAGCCACCUAAAGGUGUUUUAUUGUUUGGUCCUCCAGGAUGUGGGAAGACCAUGAUUGCUAAGGCAACAGCCAAAGCUUCUGGCUGCAAGUUUAUCAACCUGCAGGCAUCUACGUUGACCGAUAUGUGGUAUGGCGAAUCACAGAAGCUGACAGCCGCUGUAUUUUCAUUGGCAGUCAAACUCCAGCCGUGUAUCAUUUUUAUCGAUGAAAUUGAAUCCUUUCUCAGGAACCGCUCCAGCCUUGAUCACGAGGCUACUGCCAUGAUGAAGGCACAGUUCAUGAGCCUGUGGGACGGCCUCGAAACUGCCUCAGCCACUCAGGUAAUGGUCAUGGGGGCAACAAACCGACCACAAGAUGUUGAUCCUGCUAUCCUACGUAGAAUGCCCACAACAUUUCACGUCGGCCUUCCAGACUCACAACAAAGACAUGACAUCCUGCGGUUGAUAUUAGCAGAAGAAAAUCUGAGCCACACUAUUAAUUUGAAGGAGAUAGCUGAGAAGACAGAAGGCUACUCUGGCAGCGACCUGCGGGAACUUUGUCGUGAUGCCGCCUUGUACAGAGUUCGAGACUACGUCCGCAAGGAACAGAUGAGGCAGAUAGCUCAACAGUUGGGAGAAGUCCAAGAUGAGGAAAACCCCCUAGAUGAGGAUAGAUUGCGUCCAAUUACCCAGCUUGACCUCCUUUUUGGCCUGGACAAGAUGAGGGAGUCUAAAAAGGGUACAGUGACUAUGUCUGUGUCUGAGGUUCCGCUGGACUGAACAGCUUUUAAGUUCAUCAAGUACCAAACCAUUAAAUACCCUCCUUUUUGUCUUUUCCUGUACUGUAUCUUCUUAGAAUGGAGGCAGCACUGGGUUUGUGGGUCUUGUGUCUUCUCUGUUGAGUUGUGCGAGAAAGCUCAGAUAUUUGCAUAGACCUUUAUCACUACUCUGGUUAAGUACAUCCGUAGCAGAUUGUAGUAGAGCAUGUUUAGAUACACAAGCAGUUGAUAAAAUUAAGUUUAAGUUUUAGCGGUGGAGAAACUGUUUUUGUAAAAAAAAAAAAAAAAAUGUUGCUGCGUAAGCGUGCUGUUUUUCAAUACUCUUCGUGUAGGCUGUCAGGAAACAAUAAUAAAUCUUUCACACCCACAUUGAAUGAUAACAGCUCAAUGAAGAGAACUAGAACAUUAAUGCAUAUGAAUGAGCCUUCUGUUUUCUAAAUGAUGAUUCAUGGCAACAACUAAAAUACAUUAAGCAUUACUGUAUCUGUAAUCUCCCAAUACAGAGGUUUUAUGUAAAUUCUCCUUGUAAACCACAUCAGCGUUAAGCAAAAUGCAUGACUAGAGAUCCUUGGUGACAAAAGGACAAUGUUGGACAAGAUAUUGUCUGCUGCUCGACACCAGUAAUAUAAAUACUUUUGAAAAAGAGAUUGCUUUCUUCCAAAAUGGGCACUACUCAGAAUGUCCAUAUAUACAAAAUGACAUGGUAGACAAAAAUGUCUUCUUACCACAUCUGCACUGUUUUUUUUGUUUUUGUUUUUUUUUUAAAUUAAAUUAAAUUACACCUAACAUUUUAAAGGUCCAUAUAGACUUCUAGCAUUGACAUUUAACAUUGAUUCACCAGACUUCAUUUUCCUGAUGUUCUCAUACAUAUUUAUCUUUGUUUUAUCAGGAGAGCUGUUUACUGUUAUCCAUUAAAUUCAGCCAGUACAGGUAUGACUUUAUAAAAGAAAGGAAAAAUUCAAAAAUAACUAUUAAACAUACUGAACGGACCAAAUACAAGCACCAAUAUGUGUUUAUAUGUUAGUCCAAUCCAGAGUUCUACGAUAUUGACGCACAUACGUUUGCAUUGGUUGAAUGGAGGAUCACCACUAAAUGCUUUUGUUAUUGAUUUACUACUCACCAGUACUAUUAUAGUUCACAUUAGCGCAAAAAUGCCGUAAUAUUCGGGCUAUAAGGCGCACCUGAGUGUAAGCCAUGCCUGCCAAAUUUUACAACAAAUCUGUUGCUUGUUUGUUUGUUUGUUUGUUCAUACAAUAUACGCCGCACUGGACUAUAGGCCGUUAGUUUCCAAAUUGCAUUAUGGGAUAUUUUUACCAAAAGACUCAAUAGCCUGUAAAAAUCCAUCACCUUGCCAAACUGGGCUAUAAGCUGCAGGGUUCAAAACAGGGGAGGGGGGUGUUGUAGUAGGAGCUUGAAAUCAGAAAAUUACAGAAUGUAAGCAUAUUAAUAUUUAAUAUUUCAUUUCACAAUUUUUUGUUUUUUGUGAAUUGAAAAUACGGUGGAAGGGGGAGCUGUUAUAACUUAUAUAUAACCCCCCACCCCAAAAAAUAUAUAAAUAUACGGUAUAUAUAUCGUGGUGUUAUCGUGAUAGCAAAUGGUCCAUAUCGCCCACCAUUGCAUUGCAAUAUACAAUAUACAAUACAGGCCAAAAGUUUGGACACAUUCAUUGCAGCACAAAUGAAGGUCCCAACCCCACUGAUAAAGCAAUAAAUUCCACUAAUCAACCCUGAAAAGGCAUACCUUUGAAGUAAAAAAAAACACCUUAGAUGACUCCCUCUUGAAGCUCAUCAAGAGAACGGCAAGAGUGUGCCAAAAAGUAAUUAGAGCAAAGGGUGGCUACUUUAAAGAGAUGAGAAUAUUAUACAUGUUUUUAGUUAUUUUACCUUUUUUUGCUAAACACAUAAUUCCACACAUGUUCAUUCAUAGUGUUAUUACCUUCAGUGAGAAUUUACAAUGUAAAUAGUCAUGAAAAUAAAGAAAAUGCACGAAUGAGAAGGUGUGUCCAAACUUUUUGUAUUGUUUAUCCAUUUGUUUUCAACACCGCUAUCCUUGUCAGGGUUGCGGCGGCUGGAGUCUAUCCCAGCUGAUUUCAGGCGAGAGGCGGGCUACACCUUAAACACUUCGAUACAAUAUAUAAUCAUGUCUAAACGUAUAUUUUUACUUAGAAGCAGUUGUCAAUGGCUGACACAUAUACAGUCAUGUGAAAAAAUUAGGACACCCCAUGAAAUAUCAAUCUCUGAUCUUGUUUUUAUUUAUCUCUGGAAAAGAAAAGGAUUUAAUUGCAGGUAAACAACAAAAAUUAACAUUGUUUUACUCAUUAAACCAAAUAUAUCAACAAAAAUGCAUAUUCUAACUGAAAAAAAAAGUUAGUACAUGCUACCACCUAAUAGCUAGUUGUACCUUUGGCUGAAAUAACUUCAGUGAGACGCUUUUUGUAGCCAUUUACCAGUCUUAGACAUCGGUCUUAAGAAAGUUUGCCCCAGUCCUCAACGCAGAAUACUUUCAGCUGUGAGAUGUUUGAAGGGUAUCUUGCAUGUACAGCCCAUUUCAAGUCACUCCACAGCAGGGGUCGCGUUAACCGAAUAUUUUCCAUCGUUGACCGUUUUUUUAAAACGGUGACGGAAAAAACUGAAGUCCGUCCGUCAUUUUGACAGGUUGCAAUUCACACCCCAGACCACAGGGUGGCGAGUGAGCAUAUUAAUUAGCUAUUGUCUCUCUUAAUGCAUGAUGUCGUUGGCUAUUCUGUCAGAAUAUUGUAGUGUCACCGGGGUCUGGCGGCGGCACCGUGAUUGACACAUCAACGCGAGGUUUCUUAUUGGUGCACCCGGUGUGCCAGCGCGUCAUCCAAUUGGUGGACUAGAUUGCCGCAUGUGUAUAGACCCCAAUCACAUGACGUCACAACUCCGCCCCCCUGACUGGAGCCGCCAUAUUUUCCGUCAGCUCGUCGUGUUUACACAUUACCGCUACGUACAUGCCUCCUAUUACGGCGUGUUUUUCUGCUCGUUAACAUUAAUAAUCAAAAUGGUGAAGGCGUGUGUGGCGGUUGGUUGCAGUAACAGAGAAGAUAGACAGAGAGACUUGAAGUUCUACCGUAUUCUGAGCGACCCAAAGAGGAGAGCGAGAUGGACUGCUAUAAUUCGACAAGAAAUCUGGGCACCAAACGAUCACCACAGACUAUGUAGUAGUCAUUUUAUAUCUGGUAAGAUGCAUUUAAUAUAUAUUUAGAAGAUUUUGGGCUGACAAACCACAAUUAAGAUCAUUGUGUGACGUUGGUGAUUGGGGUCUAUAUAGUUGCCUCUUUUUCUUUGGGGGCGGAGUUGUUGUUUUGUUGGUGUUGUUGGCGGUAAGCAGAGUAAAAAGAGGGUGAAAAAUACCACGACUUCCGUGUCUAAUUUUUCGCCGCCAAGCAAGCGUUACAAUAUUAAUUAAAAAUGAAUGAAAACUAGAUACUAUUGAAUAUGUCAUCAUUAUCAUUUUGAAAAUUUAAGUGACGGGUAAAAAUAGAUUAUGACCGGAUUUUUAUGACCCUGUCAGUCAAAAUGACAGACAACGAAAAUGUCUAGCGCAACCUCUGCUCCACAGUAUCUCAAUGGAAUUAAGAUCUGGGCUUUGACUCGGUCAUUCCAGGACUUUCUUCCUUUUCAGCCAGUGCUUGGUGAAUUUACUGGUAUGUUUUGGGUCAUUGUCAUUUUGCUGGGUCCAGUUUCGCCUUAGCUUUUAAUUUUUUCACAGAUGAUCUCACAUGUUCCUUAAGCACCCUUUGAUACACAAUAGAAUUCAUGGUGGAUUCUAUGAUCGUGAGCUGGCCAGGUCCUGCUGUAGCAAAGCAUCCCCAAACCAUGGCGCUUCCACAUCCAUGCUUCACAGUUGGUAUGAGGUGCUUUUCCUGAUUGCUGUAUUGGGUUUAUGCCAAACAUGUCCUGUGUUCUGGUGUCCAAAUAAUUCAAUUUUAGAUUAAUCUACCCAAAGAACAUUAUUCCAGGAAUCUUGGUCUUUGUCUACAUUCACUCUGGCAAACGUCAGUCUAGCCUUCAUACUCUUUUUGGAGAGCAAAGGUUUCCUCCUUGAACACCUCUGAUGAAGGUUAAACCUGUGAGGUCUCUUUCUGAUUGUAGAAGCAUGCACUUUCACUUUAACAGUAGCAAGAGCCUGCUGUAGUUCCCAUGAUAACAUUUUAGGGUUUUUGGAGACGCAUUUUAGCAUCUUGCGGUCUGCUCUCGGGGUGAACUUGCUUGGACGGCCAGACCUGAGCAUGUUGGCAGUUGUUUUGAAUGUCCUCCACUUGUAGACUAAUUUCGGAUUUUGUAUUCCUUUGAGAUCUUUUGAAAUCCCUGACAUACUCAUAAGCGUCUACAAUCUUCGUUCUGAAGGCCUCGGACAGCUCCUUUGAUCUAACCAUGGUGUUUUCUCUGACUUCAACAGCCAGUCACUGUUAAAAGUAUUUUGCGUUGAAGAAUGGGGCAAACUUUAUCCAUACUGAUGUCAAAGACUGGUAGAUGGCUACAAAAAGCGUCUCACUCAGGUUUUUCAGCCAAAGGGUGUAACACUAGCUAUUAGGUCGUAGGGUGUCCUAACUUUUUCCUCAGUUAGAAUAUGCGUUUUUGUUGAUGUAUGUGGUUCAAUGAGUAAAACAAUGUAAAUUUUUGUUUACCUUCAAUCAAAUCACUUUCUUUUCCAGAGAUAAAGAAAAACAUGAUCAGACAUUAAGAUGUGAACAUUUCUUAAUAAAGAACUGAAUAUUUAAUGGAAUGUCCUAAUUUUUCACAUGACUACUUGUACACCAUCUGUUAAAACAUACUGUCUGAUCUCUAAAGUAGUGGUUCUUAACCUUGCUAACGGUACCGAAACCCACAAGUUUCACAUGUGGAUUCACCAAACCCUUCGGAAUUAGAAAAUAAAGCUUUUUUUUUUUUUUUUUUUUUUUUUUUAAUUCAAAACCAAUAUAUCUAAGAUCGCAAGCUAAUAAUUUAGCUAACUCAUUUUGACAGCAUGUUUCAAAAAACGGGUCAAAAUUUGAGACCACGCUGCCCAUUUGUCUGUUGUAUUCCCUCAUACCAAGUGUGAGUCAACCUUCCACCGAGCCAACCAGUUCCUCCUCCUAUCAGAUUGGGGACUAGCAGUUAAAAGAAAUGGAAUAAGCCUGUUAAUUGGGAGCAAACCAGUCCAAAACCUGAUCUGAAAAGCCACUUUGCCUGGAUUUAACCAGCAUACGAAAAUAGGGCUCUGCAUUUCUUUAACCCCUUGGACUUACUAACUCCUAGAGUUCGAUCGAACCCAGGUUAAAAACCACUGCUCUAAUGGGUGGCAACUUGGCACUCUGCUGUAUUUUUGGAUUUGAAGGUUCAUUUCUUGUUUAAAUUCAGUGCUAUAAAAAAUAAAUAAAUUCCAAAAAAAAUCACAGUGUUCAUACUCAUGUAGUACGCACAUAUUCUGUCUUCUUACUUUAUCAUUUGUUUCAUGUUUGUGUGCAUUUGCAAUUUCAUUAACCGUUGAUGAUGAGUCCAUAAAGUUGUGUUUCUCUCAGUAAGCACCAGGUGGUGGUACAGCUGCACUGCUUGUCAAGUAGGUUGACGUUUAGAUUGUUUUUAUUAAAUGUUUCUUACAUCAUUCAUGUGACAAUGGACCCAGCAUGUACCACGGAUUUUUUCCCUUUGAGUUUAUUUAUUGAUAAUUGGUGUUUUUGUGGUAUAGUUAAAAUACAACAGCUGAUAAUUGAAGCAUUAUUUCUUACAAUGCAGUUUAUGCUCAUCGUUUUCAGAUCACGUUUGUCAUUUUGAUCACAAACUGUACAUUGUAUAGAGUGAUUUUUCAAAGAAAAACACUUGUCCUAUUUAAAUAUCUCAGUCAUUGCUUUGAUGAAUAUGUCAAAGCUCGGCUCCUUUUGAGUAAACAAAAUGUUUUAUAUAUUAAAAAUGAAGUAAAUAGUCUAAUAGUUAUCGUUCAGCCAAUAAAAUACUGGAUCAACAGAAGCAAGAAUUGCAGUGUUUUUGUUUGACUAAAUUAGUUACUCUGGUUUUUGGUAUAUUUGUUGGGGGCUAAGAACUAGUUCUUGAAGUUUAAUAACUACACUGGUCCAGUGUUAGUUCUAUUCAACAAAAUUCACACUUUGCCUUACAUUAAAUCUGGUGACAGGCUAAAUAUCUCAAAAUUACAGUCAGGCCUCUAAUAGCUGUCUGAGUACAUGGUCAAAGGUCAUGAAUUGCUAAAUUACCUGCAGAUUAAAAAAAAAAAACCUUGCUGGAAGCAAAAAGCUUUACACAUGACAGCAAUUUGAGGGUGAUAAUAGCCGCUUAUCUGUUCUCGCGCAUAUAUUUGAUUAAAACUCAGUUUUGGCACCAACUGCUAGCGUAAUUGAUUGCUUUUAAAGCUAUUAAAUAUAAUCACAUUCUUGUUUAAAUAAUUCAUUCAUUUAUUGCUUUGUUUGUUGAGAUAUAACCUCUAUAGAAUUACCCUUAAAAUGGAUUUUCCCCUCUUUUCUCAAAGUUAGAGGACGGGCAGUUCUAGAGGUGUAAUAGCACUUUGCUACACAAGCCAAAAUGUUGUUUGAUUGACAGCUGGCAACCAGUGUUGAAGCACAUUAACUGAGAGUAGCUCAGUGUCCAUCUCCCUCUGGCUGCCUCGCCAACACCACCAUCAUAAAACACUGUUCUCCAGAACAUUCCGUGACCACAGCAUUGUGUACACCAUCUGUGAUCCCAUACAAAAUCUACUGUAUAUCAUGAAACAGUCUUUACAAAGACAGCAAUGGUCCGUUUUAUUGACAUCUAUUUAGCAAUAUAUUGUUCAAAGGCAUGUUUUUGUAUGAAAACAACUUUGUGGCAUGAUAUAAAUAUAUAAACAACAAGCGAUUUGCGUCCUAAUCCAGCUGUAUCUUAUCUCGUCCGUACAGUGCUGUGAAAAAUGUACCUGCCCCUUUGUCAAAUUAUACACACGGUUGUUGACUUGUUGUAUUUUUAAUCAUUGUCCUCUGACAGAACUGUUCUGAACUGAUGGCCAAGCAUUCCUUCAGGAUGUUCUGGCAAAAAACAAAAUUCAUGGUCCCAUCAAUCAGAGUAGUAGGCCCAGCUCCUGAGAAGCAAAACAGCCCCAGUCUCUCCGAAGUGUUAUGAUGGUUUUUUUCCUGAAAUGUGAAGUUAAAUUUAUCUUAGCUGCAAUUAGACACACACCUAAGAAAAAGUUAGUCUAAACAAUAUUCUCAAUUAAGUCUUGGGAAUCAGGCAUGAAAAUCUCUCACCUUUUGGCAAAAUUCGCCAUUUUGAAGUCAAAAAGGUUGACCUUAUGUGAAUUGUGUAGAUCACAGGAGAAAUUUUUUAAGGGGGGGGGUUUCGGGAGAUUAAUUUCGGACGCUUGGUAUGCAAGCGGGGAAACCGGCACAAUGCCCAAAAUGCGCACCAGAGUGGCCAAAACAUUGACUUAUUUCAACGAAACAAAGGAGACACUGUUGUGUCCUGUCUCUUCAAUGCCAAGCUUGGCUGCACAUCGACCGUGAAUGAACACCUAAAGUGGCGUCACCCAGUUAUAAUUUUGGAAGAUGAAACAUUACAAGCUGGCAGAUCGUAAGUCCAUCUAACUAACUAACGAUAUAUUUUAUUGAAGUUGCUAAGCCUGUCGCGAUAGGCAAUGAGUCCAUUUGACGCACGAUAAAUAAAAAUUAGGGCGGUCAUUUUCACGGCUGCGUUGUAUUGCUGCGCGCAUGCAUACAUUUGUGCGUGCAUGCUGAUGGCAUAUGAGAGCACAGUUCCUUUCACAAAUGUUUAUUGGUCAUCAACACACCGUAGAAUUAAAGUUCAGACAUCCAAAAUAAGGAAACAUCUAUAUUAAACACUGUAAACGUUACCUUUGCUACAUUGAGUCUAAUGGGGAAAAAAGACAACCUACUUUAGACUGCUAUAAAGCAUUGGCAGUCUUCUCCAAAAUACAAACAUGCGAUUAAAAGUUGACACUUCAAACAUGAAAAAUCGCUGGUUAACAGCAUUUGCCAACAUUUGCAAUGACAAAGAGUUUUUUUUGCGGAGUGUAAAACUUACGGUUAGCGGUUUAGCGAAUGUACUUCCAGUGAACAUUUAUUUAAAAAAUAAAAGCACGUCAUGUUCGUCAAUCGUCAUAUAAAUAACGAUUUCUGGAGUUAAUCCCACAUACUUUAGAAUUCAGAUUCUAAACUGAGAAUAGCUUUAAAAUGACACACUUUAUGAAAAAUCUGAUUGGCAAUGAAUUGUUAACUGAGAAAAGCUUUUAAAUGACAACCCUUAUGAAAAAUCUGAUUGGCAAUGAAUUAUUGUUAUACUACUAUUAUAUAUAUAGUAGUAUACUAUAAUAUUAAUGCUAGAUAUCUUUUUUAAGAAUUGUUUUGAAUCAUUUUGGAAAGGCGAAGUCAGUGUUCUGAAUCUGUUUACAUUCCAUUCUUUUUCACUACUUAAAGGGAUCCUCUAUUUUUAAGACAAGUAAUUCUUAAAAGAUAAAUGUUAGUAUGACUUAUAAUAAUUUGAUAUUAAAACCCCUCUUAAUGUUUUUGUUUUAAUAAAGUUUGUAAAAUUAUUUUAAGUGGUAGGUCGCCAUUCUUGUUACGUCGCAGUGCGUGACGUCACUGGUCCCAUUGCCGAAAUUCCAGCGUGUCACUCGUUAGCUUUCCCAACAUGUCGUCAGUUCUACCCUUCCUAUUUGAACCAGAUCUGAAAAGUGAAGAGCAGGACAGCACUGCCGGUCGUUCACAAGACGAGCUCCAGGGAAAAGUGCGUGCAGCAAAUACCUGAUAAGACAAAAGUUGGGCAAAACUGGUGAUGCGAAAUAGCGCUGUUAGGAACUCCGGUUGGGAGCGAGAUUGUAUGCUGUUUGGAACUCCGGUAUUAUUAGCAGAUAUUCAAGGUAUGCAUAUUGCGUUUUCAAACUUAUCCCAAUAUAAUUAUGUAGAUUGUUAGCAUCCAGAGCUGCCGUGUGCUUUACAUACAGUACAGGCCAAAGAGCACACCUUGUGUAAUCCAUGUCUUGUACAUAUUAACGCGUGGUAGCUAGGAUACGUGUAUAAAAGUACCAAAAAGGAGAGAAGCUUCCAGUUAUGCACAUUUAUCCACAAAAAAUAAUAUUUCCACUUUGACCACUCUUCACUCUGGAGCUCAGCAGUACGCAAACACGCAUUCCCUGACGAACUCCAACAUUGUUGUAAGGUCCACGUCAGAGUCACUGUCGUCACUGUAGUGUGCCAUAGUGCUUUAAUUAUUUAGUAUGAUUUGGGGAAAACUCCCACAAAGAAUAGUCAACAUAAAAGAUACAAUAGUAAUCCAAAUACGUGUUUUUUACUCACUCGAAGAUCCAGGAAUUAGACCGAUCCCAUGGCAAUGUCGCAGCCGCAAUCAGGCCGUCGAUUCCACAAAAUAGACUGAUCCGGAAAGCCGCUGUGGGACCGACGAAUCAAAAAAAUGGACAGAUCCGAAACCAAUAUUGCAGACGCGGUGGGACCGUCGGAUCCAGAAAAUAGACGGAUCCCUUACUUGACUGAGGAUCCUGGAAAAAUGUUCGGGCGCCAGUUGUAACGCGUUGUGGGUAGGAUACGUGCAUACAGGGACCAAAAAGGGGGAGAAGCUUCCACUUAUACACAUUUAUUCACUAAAAAUAAUAAUUCCACCUUGACCACUCACUUCCCUUUCCUUGUUUCCAUUUGACUGGAAAUUGCAUCCAAAAGCAGCACAUCGUGGUAUUUUACUUCGCGAGUUUAGGCAGCAAUAAGCAAUUGUUGAACACGCUACACAUUUGGAAAGAUCCCAACUACGUCAUCACUGCGAGCCCGCAAACCAUGGCGCCAACUAACGGUCAAAAUAUGGACUAAAUAUUAUAAAAUAUUGCCAUUGAUUUAACAUUUUAUGUGUUUCUAACAUAUUUUAGUACAAGAGAACAAUUGUGGUU